UCCUUUCUUUAUCCCUUUUCACUUUGAACUAUUACCCUAUUUAUGAUCAUAGGUUCAGAACCAUGGAUGCUAAUACAACAUGGCCCACAAUUGACUGGUGUUUUAAUAUGGAAAUGUGGUUACACACCAUGGCCACUCAGAACAUUUCCCAACAAAUGCGGAGCAAAUACGCUCAUUACAAGACGUUUAGCUAUCGAUAUAACGGAUUACUCACUCUUGUCCUGAUCCUUCUAGGCUUGACAGGAAGUUCACUUUUGUUGAAACAGAUUUAUGGAUCACGUGUAUUUUCAAAACGAUUGGCAGUUCAUCUCGGGAUGAUUUGUUUUUGGGAUAUAAUAUAUCUUCUUUGUUGCCUUUCAACAUACUGCAUUCCGUCGUUGAUAUACAGUGUCACCCCAAUCUAUGGACCAUUUAGUUACAUUCUGUUUUUUCUGCAACCAUUUGCAUCGUUUUGUGUUUCUUGCACUAUUUGGCAAGUGUUCGCAAUCACAUUAGAAAGAUAUCUAGCCGUGUCCUCACCAUUGGAACAGCGUACCCGGAAAGCAAAAUUCGGUGUCGGAUGGAUUUGUGUAGCGAUUACCUUUUGUGCAUUCAUACUCAAUCUUCUGCCAGUGCCUUUUGAGAAUGAGCUUGUGGAUUGCUAUGAGAUCAAUUUUGACAGCAAUGGAUUGCCAAUGUUCAGGAAUCAUACCAUGAUGAAACCGUAUUAUGACGAUAAAAUCCGAAUCUAUAGAUUCCUAGUUCAUUUCUUUCCUGAUCUUCUGUUCCGUGCUCCAACUCCAAUUAUCGUGAUUGGCACGUUGACUGUGAAAACAAUUCAGGCUUGCAGUCAACGCAGCGUGGGAAACUUUCAAAUUGGAAUGAGAUUUAAUCGGAAUAUGCCUCUUCGACUCUCACUUCUCAACUUUAAGUUCAUUCUUUGCAAUACUCUUUAUAUGUUCAAUACUAUUUUGUUGGAACUUCUUGAAUAUGGAAACAUGGAAAACGGUGACUACGACGGUUACAUCAAUUCAUUCUACCUCACUGAUGCUUCAAAUAUGCUCCUGGUUGUCCACAGUGCCACCAAUUGGCUACUUUUCUACAAGUUUCCAAGCUGCAGAAAGAAGGAUGCAGUAAGCAUGACUCUUUCCACAUCGAUCAAAUACAGCUCCAUCAAGCAUCGAGUUGCGGAGUACAUCAGUAAGCAAAUAAGUCCACUGGCAUCGGCACUUGGAGUUGAUAUCAUUCAUAGGCUUUGUGAAGAUAUCUCUGAAGUCAGAAACAUCAUUCAUGGGAAAUUGGGAAAAGAGAGCGAGAAACAAGAACGAGAGACUCUUGUUGGCCUGGAGUUUGGACAUUUCAUAAGAGACGUCUUCAGAUGGUUUGGAGACAGAAAUCGUAGGGUGUCAAAGAAAAUUGUCUACAAGCAGUACUCGGACGCAGCAAUCAAAGCAAAGAUCAACUUCAAAGCUCCAGAAUGGAAGACGAUAAGGACGAUAGUUGUGGAGAUGAUUGUAACUCAUUUGGUUGCACAUGCCAAGGAAACUAACUGCAAAGGUGUUAUGCAUUCCAAAGUUGAGAUGGAGGAAUGCGCAACAAGAGUCUUCAACCAAGUUCUCAGCGAGAUGAAAAACGUGGCAUUGUGUGCAAAUGUUGAGGAGAAACAGAAGGCUCGUGCGGAACGUUUCAUUCGUUCCAAUUCUACAACCACUGCGAUGCCUAUCUUCAGAGAGCCUCCAAGAAAAUCUCACUCCGUUUCUAUGCGGUUCCAAUACUCAACGUCGGUUGAUAGCGUACAGCAGUGUGAACAACAGAUCCUAAUCCAUAAGGUUUAAGGAUCAGUUUUUAUAUAUUUAUUCUAUUUUUAUUGUGCAUAUUGUUAUUCUGGUUUUUCCGUGCUUUAUUAUGUUUUUCAUUCCUGCAACUAUACAAAUGAGCAAUCCAUGGGUUCUGAUCUUAUCUUCGUUUUGUAUUUAAAUAUCAAUGCAUUCUUUAUGUUCUGCCUAAAUUUAAAUUAUGUGUCGUAUUUUUAAUUCAAUUUGUUGAGAAAAAUAAUAAACAUUUAUUAUAAA